AUGUCGACAGCUUCAAAACACACCUACGAUCCCAGCAGGAUGAACGUCUUUGCUGGGCCCAACAGUCUGAUCGACUACUUCAACCCGGACAAGAACGCGCCGCUGCCACUCGUCGAAUUGCCACCCCAGCUCAAUCCGUACCACGACGAUGGCGUGCGCAUCUAUGCCAAGAUGCUCACCGCUCUGCCCGCCACCAAUGUCAAGAGUUUGCCCGCGCUCUCGCUCCUCGAGGCUGGUGGCGUCAUCUCCCUCGACUCGACCCCCGAGCAGCGCGCCUCCCAACCCAUUCACACGGUCACCGAGUCCUCCUCCGGCUCCACCGUCACCUCGAUGUCGAUGAUCGCGCGUCAGCACGGCGUUUCCAAAGUGCGCGCAUGGAUGUCGAACAAGGUCUCUCCCACCAAAUCUUCCCUGAUGCGCUUCUUCGGUCUCGAGCUGGCCCUUUUCGGCGGUCCCUCCCAGUCCCCGCCCCAAGAUCCCAUGGGUGGCAUCGCCAAAGCGGCCUCGCAAGGCUCCCAACCAGGCGUCUACAACCCAAACCAGUACGAGAACCCCGCCAACCCUGCGGCGCAUGAACGCUGGACCGGCGCGCAACUUCUCGCCCAGCUGCCCGACAUCAACGUCUUCGCAGGCGGCAUGGGCACGGGCGGCACCAUCACGGGUACCGCCACCCGUCUGAAGCAGGACCAGCCCGAUAUGCACAUUGUCGGCGUCUGCGUGGCGAGGGGGGAAAAGAUCCCCGGUCCUCGUCCGCGCGAGCUGCUCGAACCCGUCGACUUUCCCUGGAAGCCCCUCGUGGAUGACGUCGAGGACGUCGCUUCGCGCGAAAGCUACACGCUGUCCAUGCAGCUCUGUCGGUACGGCAUCGUCUGCGGUCCCUCUUCUGGCUUUUCGCUGCAGGGUCUCUUCCAGGUGCUCGAGCGCAGAAAACGGGCGGGAACACUGCAGGCGCUGCGUCAGCAAAACGAUGGUCAACCCAUCCAAGCCGUCUUUCUCUGCUGCGAUCUACCCUUCCAAUACGUCGACGAGUACUUUGACAAGUGCGACGCCGAACUCUUCCCACCCAUCGUCAACGAGCACCUGUUCAAGGUGGAUCAGUACAAGUACUCGACGAGUUGGGUGUUGGACGUUGCUUCUGCGCAGACGAUGCUCGUCUACCCGCGCUUCUCUUCUUCGUCGCACGUCGAGCUUCCUUCGCCAUCCGAGUUGAGUUCGGAUCCGUCCGAGUCGGAUUCGGAAACGUCGGUUCAGUCCGCAGGCCUGUUGCGACCGGCGAUCAUCGAUCUGCGUUCCCGUCGCGAUUUUGCAGCGGGCCAUCUGGCGCAUGCACGAAACAUCCCGCUGUCCAGCCUCAACGCUGACGAUCCUAGCCCGUACGCGGACGCCGUGCUGCUCGCGACCCAGUGGACCGAGCUGAACAAGCGGUUCGUUGAACAGCCGAGCGUCGAGCACGAAUGCCCCGGCAACGGCGUCGCAGAGCUGAACGCGUUGGAGCUGCCCGAGAUGCUGGCUUGCCUGCGCAAGAGUCAGCGCGAAGCGCUCGUGGUCGAUUACGACGGCGAGACGGGUCGUCUAGCGACCAGCGUGUUGCGCGAGGCAGGUGUCAAGGCGUAUAGCGUCGUAGGUGGGUGGGAGGCGCUCACCAAGCAAGGCGUACACCUCGUCAAAGGUUCCGCAUAG